GUUUUUUUUUUUAGGAAAUGCGCGCGCAGUGGGCGCGUUCUCGGUUUCUGGUAUGUCAAGUUGAUAGGCUGACGCUGGAUUUACCGAAACGAAAUUCUUUCCCAUGGCGUACAACGGAAUUUAAUACGCAAACGCGUACGUAUCAUAGCCACGGCGCUAGGAUCAGCGUGUUCGUUAUUGGGGUAAAAGUAAUUUUUGAAAAGCACCAACUUCUUCGGAGUUCCUUUCAUAAGAUAACAGGAUCAUGUCAGAUGGGGGUGGAGAUUGCGGGGGUGGCGGAGAUACCGGGGGUGGCGAUUGCGGGGGUGGCGGAGAUACCGGGGGUGGCGAUUGCGGGGGUGGCGGAGAUACCGGGGGUGGCGAUUGGGGGUGUUCCGAUUCUGGCGGAAAUCAUGAAAUGAGCGAGAAUAGUCACGAUGGAAAUCAACACGGUGACUCAUCGCACGACCACGGUGUAACGAUUCACCACGGGGUGAACGACAAUUUUGACGCAACGCCAAACUUCGAUACGAAUCACGGGGGAUACAACGUUACACAAAGUUCCAUGAAUUUUUCAUCGAGAACAAGAUCACGGGGAAAGACGAAAUGUAUCGGAAGUCCCGCCGGUCAUAUAGCAAUUGCGAUAUUUUUACUGACAGUGUUCGCCAUCGUAGUUAUAAUACUUGCAUUGAAAUAAUUCGCUAUCGUGAUCAUUUACCUCAUUUGGCUUUGGAUGAUAUGAAAUGAAUUCUGCGGGAAAAAGAAGAGAUAAAAAACCGUUCUUUAUUCCAAUGGUAAAAAGGCCGUUGAUUGUAAAAAAUAUAGAUGAUUUUUCCUACAAGUCAGAAGUGAAAAAUCAAAAUCAUUGAUCGUGCCUUUCUCGGUAUUUUUGACUUAAAGAGCUUAGUAUUUCGAAUAAAUUCUUUUCCGUGAGUCUAUCGUUACGCCGUUUAUUCACUGGAACUAUACCGGACACUAAAUACAACCCCAUCGGCCCAAAUUUUAAAUUGUAAAAAUCACUGAUAUCAUACUUACCUUAUAUUAUAUCGCACAAUGUAUUUUAUACUCUUUUUUAUUUUUGGAUCGAACUUUCAUACGUCGAUGACAUGUAUACAAUUUUAAAUUACAAAAAUCACUGAUAUUAUACUUACCUUAUUUUAUAUCACACAAUUUAUUUUAUACUCUUUUAUUCUUAAAUCGAACUUUUAUAUGUCGACAAAUAUAUCACGUCAUGUAUUGAACGAAUGUCCUUUGGACUCCUAAUACCUGUUUUUCCGGGGAAAAUUCAAAUCAUAUGAAAUAUCAAAACAAAUGAAUCAAUCCGUCGAAUCAAGCAGGGUUUUCAAUUCAAAUUGCAACCAAUCAGAAUACGAAUCAACCAAUCAAAGGGCUCAGAACCUAGGGACUUGAGUGUGGGAAUGUUGCGAGUAGAAUGCAGAAUUGACCCCUCGUGGGAAAUCUGAGAAUUCAAUUCUACUCAAUUCUACUCUAGUCGGUAAAACAAUCAACUAGACUAGACUGAUCUGUCAGAGAUCCGGUCCUAUGCAUGGAAUUUUCAGGUUACGAAUGUGUUUGCAAUGCGUUCGAAGCUAUAAAGCUACCAGAACGAAAUGAAGUGAUGAAUCUAUUCAAUUCUACGACGAUAAGAACGGGGAUGCAAAUGUAUGUAACAAAUAGCUAAAUCAGCAGAAGGGAAAAUAACACAACCAACAUGGUUUCGUACUCAACAAUCAAUAUUGUUGACAUUGUGAUUGAUGAAAUUGCUCUUGAGGGAUUGGAUGGAAUCACAUUGGAAGCACUAUGGCAGCGUCUUUCCCUCCGGUUGCAAGAGCCUCCUCCGCUAGCCAAAGCAUUUAUGGAACAAGUUUGGGCUAUAUGUGUGGAAGUCGAUGGAGUCGAUUACUACGAAUUGAAAAUACCCAGAGAGAAGCUUGUCAUAUUCGACAGAUACGAAUUCAUCGAUCCUGAUCUUGGCACGAUCUUAGAGCCUGAUGAAGUCCCCAAUGAUAUCUAUCCCCAUUCUCCUAUUGACGAUGUUGUGAAUGGGGUAAGAGGAUCGUGCUCAACUUAUAAUACUCGUAAAAAAAUCACUCAACAUGUGAGAACUCUUACUGUAGACCAGGCUGCAACUGAGUUUGGAGAAAAAUUGGUCCUUGUUUGUACUCAAGCACUUCGGGAGGAGGCUUUAAUGGGUGAUGGAGUUUGCCCUACUCUGGAAUUAACGGUGAUGCAACACUGCUUUUUGGAAAGAGUUGGACGUUCCCGUUAUCACGGGGAAGUUACUCAGGGAAAAAUCAGUCUUGCAUUGCUCAAGGAAGAUCCAAAGUCCUUGUUUUACCACAGAAAAUUUUUAAUCGAUCACAAAUUAAUCACCAAACAAAUUCAUCAUCAAAAAUCUGGCGGUCAUAGUUGCAGCGGUAGUUUACUUCACCUGCCACGUUUUUAUGUUGAGAGAAAACCAAAAGCUAUUUACCUUGCUGAACAAGUUAUAGAGAUACUGAAAUCGAAACGAAACUGCGUUGCCGAGUACGACGAGAUAAAGAAAGAACUGCAAAUUGAAAAUUCGAUUAAAAAACUAUUCAAAACUGCAUUCUUUCAAAAAGUUUGUAAAACUGAUCUGAGGGUGCCGUACAGAACAAUUUACCCAAAAGCUGAAGACAAAGAAUGGCAGCAAAAAAAUAAUAAUACUAAAGAAAAGUCAAUCAGGGUUGUUCAACUCCUGGAUCCAGAUUUUGAUGUAUCAGAGUUAUGGGGAAAAGAAGAAAUUGUUGACGAUGACGAGCCAUAUGAACUUGACAUAUCAAAUCUGAAGUUGAAUGUCCCAUUAUUGAAGCAAGCAAAUCGUAUAGUGGAGCAAAGUGGUCCCAAUGGUAUUUCACAGUGUCAGGUAGCAAAAAUUAUGGGGCAAACCAAGCUGCAGGCUCGCACGAUACUCAGAAACUUAGUGAGACUAAAAAUCGUUGCUACUUUCAUGAAUGACGUAGGCAGACAACGUGUUACUAAGUUCGUUUCUAAAAAAUACGAAAAAAAUAGCGAAAUGAGCAAGCAGUUCGAGCAGGAAAUGGAUAAGAUCAAGGAGCUCACAAAAAUGAUGGAUGUCAAAAAAACCACAGAACAAACUGUUGACGACACUGUGAAAGUUGAAGAUUCUAGUCGAGGUAGCGAAUCAACAAACAAAAAACUUUCUGCGGAGGAUCAGGAAAGCACCGAAGCGACAACGAGUGAGAAAAGGGAUGAGAAUCUCAUGACAAGUUCUGAGGCAAUGGAGCAUUGCAAGAUAGACGAGGAACUUAUAAAAUUGAAAUUUUCAAUAGUCCAUCAAGUACUGAAGAAGUACGGAUUGACGAAGUUUGUAAAAAAAUACAGAAGAACGUCUUCCAAUUUCGACAAGAAAGAUCGAUUGACUCGCUGUGAAAAUUCCUUGCCAUCAUUAAAUAAAAUUGAGCAAAAUCGUGCGCGACUGACGGAACAAAUUUUGGAAGAACAGAAUAAGAGAACUCCGAACUGUAACUCAUCCGAACAGGCUGAAGUCAUUUCUUACUUCGAUAGUAUAGAAGUGAAAUUAGUCGAACUGCGACCGCAGCAUAAAAUCGGAAAGCCAACCCAUCAAGUCGUCGGAUUCAUAGAAGAUCUGGAUAUUAACGAGAAAAAGAAUAUAUCCAGUAUUACUUACAGGCUACUCAAAAGAGCCAACAUGAUCAUCGAAUCUGUGAAAGAACAUAAAGUUAUCGACGAUCUGACAAAACUCAUGAAGAUGAUAAACGAGGAAGAGGACAAAAAAGGCUACGAUUAUAAAAUUGACAAAAAGUCACUGACCAGGCUCCUUCAAAAACUGGCCAAAGACAAUGUGAUAAAAAACAUAAAACUCACACUUCGCGCUAACAAAAGAGAAAAAACUCUCAACUUCAUUUGUGAUCCAUCCAUCGGGAUCGAUCACACCGUUAUUCAGUCCGCUGUAGAACAAGCUAAAAUAAAAUUCUGUCUAUUAGGAUCUCAAAAAAUCAAAGCAAUGAUACAAAGCCAGCAGAAGCAAGACGAAGACGCUUCGGCGGGUCACAUGGAGGGUGUCAAUUCUUUGAAAGUAUCCGAUCUCUCCGAUAAAGCAAGCCUCUCUACUACCGGGUCUCUUAAAUAUGACUUUAAAGCUGGCAAACGAUAUGGUUACAGUCCAAAAUUCGUUCGGAUGAAGGUGUUGCAUAUAUUCUUAUUUUACUCUGUCUACGACCAUCCCGGCGAACCUACCGAAUCGAAAGAUGCUCAAGUGGCCAAUUUACGCAAGAACGGAUAUGAAAUAGAUGCAGAACUCGAGGAGGAGAUGAGCACUGUAUAUAAUUCCGAAAUAGGAUGGAAAAUGUUCAUACCCCCAUUGCCCAAACACGCAGGGUGGCCCGAGGGCUGGACAAUAAUGUGCGACGUUUUGUUGCGCAUGCCGUUAUCAACUUUCAUAAAACUUCACAACGUACCAUAUUCGAUACCUGAAUUAAUGAACUAUCUGAAUCAUCCGAUCAAAAAACAUUUUUUGGUAAAAAAUUUGCCGUCACACAUCCGCAAUACACUACUGAUUGCCAGAAAAUAUAUAUACACCAUUCACGAAUCCGUAACAAGACUCUGCUAUCUUGGUUUGAUACAAUUCGGUCCCCAAAAAUUGAAAGAAAAGGAUCAAGUUUUCAUAUUUGUAAAUCGCAAAACUGAAAUGACUGAUACAACAUCGUCGGCAGCCGGGUAUCACAAAGUUGAGAACAAGGAGUAUCCAAGAAUAUCUUACGUCUUUGAUUCUUUGUCAAUAGUGGAAAAAUAUUGGUACGACAUGUGGAACACUUGCAUAAAUACUUGUUUAGGUGGAAGAUUGGUUGUGCAGGGUAAAGAUAUACUGCUGGAGGAUUUAAUCAAGAAACCCGAUAUGAUAAAGGCAGUGAAGGCUCGGGCUCCGGAAGAGGCUUUACUUUUGGACAAUGGUUUCGUACCGGGUGAUCGAAGAGGAGCGGCGGGUGUUGAUUCUGCAUUUUUUGCCCAUUUAAAACGUAACUGGAACUGGGGCACGGAUAAUGCAAAUCGACAGUACAGCAGGGGAGAGGAGAGGAAAAAGAUCGAGCAGCAGCGAAGCACUUACCUGUCGAAAAUCAAAGCGAAGCCGCUGAAGUUCACCGAGUUUGCGGGACUGAAGAAAGUCACGGGCCCCGUUACUCAACACGCCGCCGAACUGCGGAAAAAACUACAUCAAAAGCAGAAGCACGCCGAGGACCAGAAAUCGAAGCAACAAAAAUACCAGAAGCUCGUCUCUCAGCAUGUGUCGAAGCAAAAGUCGUUUGUACGGAGGGUCUUGCCGCGCAAAAGAAAACUUCGCCCUCGGGUAAAGUACGACGAGGUGGAUUUUUGCGCCUUGCAACAAAUGGAGAAGCUCCGCGUUGACUGGAAUCCGCACGAGGACAAUAUACUACUGAUGUGCAAAGUUGCUAUGAUGUAUCUGUGUCCCAAUCCGCGAAAGCAAUUGAUAACUUUUACGUCGGUGAGGGACAUUCUUCGUACUUAUUCAGCGCAUUCGUACAACAAAACAUCUCGAGCUUGCCAGCGGAGAGUUAUGUACAUGUGCAGAAGACCGCAAACGGUGAAUAGCGUUGCUCUGGGGGUUGAGGAGAUAAAGCAAAACUAUUACAUAAAUAAACGUUUCGGUGGGAUAGUCGACAGACUGAAGUCCGAGUGUCAGAACACCUACGAAUACGAGGAACAGGUGGCUAAAGCCUUCAAGGAACUCGUCACUUACAUCGAUAAGAGAUACUACAACAUCAGCGAUAUGGAGUCCAGGGAAUCCGUUCCGAUCCCCAAAACGAUACAAGAAUUCAAUCUCAUAUACAAAUUGAAGCAUCCGACGCGACAGUCCAGUCUUCACGGUUUCACCAAAGACAUCAAGUGCGUCAAUGGUAUACAUUCCGCCACCGUAAACUCUGUAAUUCACAGUUCGAUGUGCUGCGGAAAGGACAGAUCUUCUUGGGCCUACCAAUUGUUCAGAGUUUACCAGCAAUAUCCGGAAUCGCUUCUCCGUUCCGCCAUGGGUAAAAUCAGAUCCGAUCAAAUGGUUUCGAUAAAGAAAAGUUACAUGUGUGCUCUGAAGAAGUACGGUAAUUGUAUGCCCAUGAGUAGCUCGCAGUACCAAUUGAGCACCGGUUACAUCUACAAGUUCCAAACCAAAUGGCCGUACGAAAUAUUCAACGAGGCAUACCAGAUGAUGUGUAAGCUUGCCAGUUGGCAGUACGAGAACCAAUCGGCAGAUACGAAUUAUAUCGUCCCCGAAGAUGUGGAGGGAGUGGAAACUGGACACUCUACGGGUGGACUCGUGGUAGGACUUCACGAUUAUCUGGCCAGAGGUCAGAUUGAUUUCGACAUAGAAAUACCUGACCAGAUAAUCAUGCUGGAUCCGAGAUUGAAAGAGAAGGAUGAAACGUAUUUGCGGAUUGCUCAGAGAUACAACAAUAUCUUGACUAGUCUCGAUCAGUUGGGGUUGAAGAAGAAAGAUGUUGUUGGGACGAAUUUAAUGGAUCCCGAAGUCGAAGAGGAGGACGAAAUGGAGAGGAGGGAGUUCGAGGACAGAAUAGUGAAAGAGAAACGCGAUAAGGAGGAUCGCGAUCGGCGCAAUUACUGGAAGAGUAGGAACGACGAGGUGGGCAAAUGCCUGGAAGAAAAUGAGAUAAAAUUACAGCGUGAAAAAGAGGAUAAAGAGAGGAGGGAAAAGAGAGAUAAGUUCGACAAUACCAUGACGAUUAGGAAACAGAAGUAUGCUCAAGUUCUGGAAUUUGGAGAAGACAAUGUUCCAGAAGCAAUUAUAUCCGAGUUCAGAAAUAUCGAAGAUGAUAAAGGCGAUUCGGAAAGCGAUCAAGAGGAAAAUGAAGAAGCGGAUGAAGACGAAGAUUAUCACACGAUCAGAUUUCAAGACGGAACAUUGAUCACCCUCAGCAAAGAAGACAUUGAGGAUUCCUCCUGUAACUCGGAUGAAGGAGAGUCACAAGAAUACAAAAAGGAUAUCAACAAAUCCCUUGUUUCCAAUAAGAAAUUGGGUCGUUCAAUCGCGAAUACUCCAUCACAAAAAAGAAAAGAUAACGAUACUAAUGACGAAGAAGUACGGUGUAACAAAAAAGCAAAACUUGAUUCCGAUACCUCCGAAACCCCAACGCAAGAGAAUGAGCUUUCCAGUACUCCGGAAAAAAUCCAAGUCUGUUCGGAGAGUAACACAGAAGAUCCUUCCGCCAAAAGAGCGAGAAGUAAUUCUGCGGAUGACAAAGUUACGGACGAACAACCACAAAAACGAUUGCGUGCAGAUGACGGUGAAAACGUAAAGCCGGAUAUGACGAUUGUCGCCGAAUCGGGAACUGAUGCAACAAUAGAACCCAAAGUCUCUGGUGGUACCAGAGUAAACGCAGUGAUAAAAAAAAUGCAUGCGCAUGUCGGGGCGGAGUACGGAGGUGGCGAAAUAGAGGACGUUAACGAUAUGCAAAAAAGGUGCACAAGAAUAGCUCUGCUGAUGAUGCGAGAGGAACUGAACGAUCUCGCGGUAUCAGAUAACCAUCACGCUCACGAUUAUUUCGUUGUCAAUACGUUCAAGAUAUUAUGCUCAUUCAAAUUGAAGGAAACCGACGAACCCAGGAGCCUCGAAUGUUUUCAAAAUAUGAAAGUGCCCGUUGAUAUUUUACCCCUGAAUACUCGACUGGCUAAACAGUUGAUAGAGGAUUUGAAAAAAUACGCGCUCUUUCCCAAGGAUCCCACGCCUUAUGAAGACUUUUUAAACGAAGUUGGAGACGCCCUCGGGCAGGCAGAUCUGGAUACGUUGGGAACACUUCACAAAUAUGUGAGAGACAAGAAGGAAAUCGGGGCUACCAGCAAGCAAAUUGUUUCCAAGUUCAAAAGCGUAUGCAGAAGUCGUUUGCUUCGAUUGAUAUCACUGUUGACCGAGCACCGAAUAUUCCUCCGAUCCGGAGUAAUUACGGUACGCUAUAUCCACCAACAGUUUGCAGACCCUUGGCUGAUACAUUCGUACAAAAUACUUCGCCGUGACAAAGAGUCUUUGCCAGCGAUAGCCAGUGGUAACUUUUACCUUCCCGAGUUUGAGGAUAAGGCGGAGUGGUCUGAGAAACAAGCGUCUGAUAAUGACCUGUCUAACGAUACUAGUUUGGAGAAGGUGGUGGUGAUCGGGAACGAGGACAACACGGUUGUUGACAAUCAAUCUGCGGAGAAGAAAGAUAAGAGUGAAAUCGAUGGAAGCGAGGGGGGUCAAAAUGGUGCGGGGAUCGGACGUAGAAUGCAAAGGAAGCGAACGGCACUGCUUCAAUCAAAGGAUAUUCAAAAAGCGGCGAAAAAACUCGACUUCAAUACGGCGGCGGCGAUCAAGGUAGUUAUAAAGCCCUGGAUACGCAUUGACGGCGUUCUAAAUCGCAGAGUUUUGGAUCGAAUGCUAGGCGCAGUUCUCGCCUAUUGCAUCAAUCACCCCGGUGUAAUAAUGUCAAAAGUGCAGCGCAGAUUUAUGCCAGCUCUGCAACCAUUUCAUACUACCGAAUUAAUCGAAAUGCUUGCCAAGUUGGAAUGCGUGGUGAUUAAAGUUCUUCAUAAACCAAAAGUCACCCUGUUUUCAAAGCCUAUAACGACGAGAUUAGGUAAGUUCAUUUUCCUAUUAUUUAUCGAUGAACGAGCAUUGACAUUGACUUCGCUUUUCACAGGCCCCACAACAGGCUUUGACUCCGAAGAAGAAGUGAUUAUAGAACCCGAUAUCGACGCGAGUAUAAAGUUUGGCAUGUUUUUGGGAAAUAAAGCGUAUACCGUAGAUUUUUUAUCGUAGUCAACGGAAACCCACGACCAAAGACUAGAGUAUUAGUCCGGGAAACCGAUCGGUGUAUAAAUGAAUAACAGAAUGAGUGAUCCGUUUGCGAGUAUCUGAAACCCGAUGACCGAAUUCCAAAAUUGUACAUACUUGAUAUUUAUUUAAUUUUCAUUGUUGGAAGUCGAAAUCCGAUGACAAGAUUUUAUUUAUUUUUUCACCGUAGUUUUUCGAGGGUUUAUUUCAACAAUGCGCCUUAUGACAAUGACAUGGCUCAAGAACAAAAAGUAAAAUAAGAAAAACCUCAAUAAUACAAAAUACUGAUAAUUAACUACUUAUAUAUAAUAAUGUAAUCACAAGAUUUGUAAGAUGCUCUGCAACUGUUAUAAAUGUGGCAGUAGAAAUUUAAACAGCAUA